UAUGGAGAAAAAAAAAUAUCUUCUAAAAAGGUCGGACCAUGAAAAAAAUUCGGAUCCGACCCGAAAAUUCUUUCAUGAUUUUAUUCAAAAACCGCGUGCUUACAAAUCGACAAAUUCAAAAUUCCCCUUUCCCGGCAAAGCCAUUACUCUUGCAGACCUUCCAUGGAAGAGGAGGAUGCGAAUCGGCGGCAUAAAAAAGUGCGCGGGCAUUUACCUAUCCGAGGCAUGGAGUCAGUGAUAGCUACAGUCAGUGGUUACCACGGUACCGAGCGAUUUAAUCUUAUCAAAUUGAUAGACAAGAGUGGUGCAAGUUAUGUCGGUUCAAUGAACCAGUCGACCACUCAUUUGGUGUGCUGGAGAUUUGAGGGAAAGAAAUAUGAGCUUGCCAAGACGUUCAAAAUGUCAAUAAUCAACCAUAGAUGGGUUGAAGAUUGUAUUAAGGAAGGAAGGCGUCUUCCGGAGGCUCCCUACGCAUCUCAGUGUGGGCAAGAAGUGGGUCCGAUAUUGUUGGAUAUUACACUUUUUAGCGAAAGUAAACCAUUGAAUCACUCCAAAGAACCAGCUAUUCUUAUUGAAUCUGAAGAGGAUUUCAACUCUUGGACGGAUUCAACUUUAUUAAAAGAGAAUUUGUCUCCUGAGCUGGUUAAACAUAAGGAUAGACCAAGGAGGAAAUCAAAUGACAGUAUUCUGAACAAGGAUCACCCGUCCAGCAUCAUAUAUUGUUCCGGAGAGCACUCUUUACAAGGCUCACGUAGGACAGAGAUUGAAGAACUGAAUUUUCCCCCUUCAGCAUUCCUUAAACCCAAGAAGAGAAGUUCUGAAUUUGCUGAAACUUCUCGCAGAAGUCGUAGAUUGGUGAAGAAGAACAUUAGUGGGGAUCUUGUGGAGAUUAUUUCAGGUUCAGAGAAACAGAGUCUCCAAUUACAAGCUCUUCGGGAACAUGAAACUUUAGCUCAAAGUUACAACUUGGAUGUUGAAAUGCCUGAAAUCUCUAUGAUUAACAGGCAUGGAUCUGGUUUUAGCUGCCAUCAGUCAGAGACGGAGCCAAGUAGAAUAGGUGUAGAUGGCACUGGGGAAACUGAAGUUAACAGACUCCUUGAUAAUGGUAAUCAGUGUUUACAUGCAGAAGGUAUCUCAUCUAAUCUUACUGGAAAUGGACAAGAGCCACGCCUAGCUGUUGAUGAGGUCCAAAAUGAGACUGACAAAACUUGCAAAGUGUCUACAUCAACCGCGUUAUCCUGUGUCAUAUGUUGGACAGAUUUUAGUUCAUCCAGGGGGGUGCUUCCCUGUGGUCAUCGCUUUUGUUUCUCAUGCAUCCAGACGUGGGCCAAUCAUAUGGCAUCAAGCAGGAAAGCCUCAACAUGCCCUUUGUGCAAGGCUAGUUUUGUUGCCAUUACAAAGGUUGAUGAUGCAAUUCCUGCUGAUCAAAAGAUAUACUCCCAAACUAUUCCGGACAACAAUCCGGAAAUGAACAUAUAUAUACUUCCCGAAGUUGAAACAUCAAGGUUCCGUUCUAACCCAUCAAGAACUCCAGUUUGCUGUCGAUGCUCUUGUCGAGAACCAGCGGACCUACUAGUCAAAUGUCAUCUCUGCGAGACUCUCUGUAUUCAUUCCUAUUGUCUGGAUCCUCCAUUGCUUCCAUGGACAUGCAUGCACUGCAAGGAUCUGCAGAGGCUUUACCGUCGUAGUUGGUAGUUUGCAUGCUUGGAGGCUUUCUUGGCUUGACUAGUGAAGUGAAUUUUACCAUCUCAUUUGUACUAUUUUUUUCCCCCAGAAUAGAUGCAUAUUCUUGCAUUUUCUGCAUGUGUAACAAUAAAAGAACUACUACCUCUUGUAGUCCAUUUUGCAACAUACCUUGCCCCAUCCUGAAAAUCAAUAUGAUUAGUGAGAAAGUUGCUUUACAUGAA